UCCCGUUUAGUAACAUCGGUUACAUCUGUGCUCGACUUCUCUCCACUGACCUCUGUAGUCGAUUGGUUUCGUCUCUCUCUUCCUCACAUGUUUCAUGUUUGGGAGAAAAAAACAUGUCAGCGCUCGCGAGUGAAGUCCAGGUUGUACCUGCCAAAAAGCCCACAGUCCGAGGUCCACGGCGGGUAGCCAAUCAAAUACCAGAUGAAAUCCUGCAAGACCCUGAGUUACAAGAGGCCAUCAAAGCCCUGCCUGCAAAUUACAACUUUGAGAUUCACAAGACGGUUUGGCGAGUGAGACAAGCGAAUGCAACGAGAGUGGCUCUGCAGCUUCCCGAGGGCCUGCAGAUGUUUGCCUGUGUCAUUGCUGACAUCAUCGAGAGGUUCACGGAAGCCGAUACCAUUGUGAUGGGGGACGUGACGUAUGGGGCCUGCUGUGUGGACGACUUCACCGCCCGAGCCCUGGGAGCUGAUUUCAUGGUGCACUAUGGUCACAGUUGUCUCAUCCCCAUAGACUCCACAGCAGGUAUUAAGAUGCUGUAUGUGUUUGUGGAUAUCCAGAUGGACAAUGCACACUUCCUGGACACGGUCAAGUUCAACUUCCCUCCUGGACACUCUCUGGCUCUCGUCAGCACUAUUCAGUUCGUUGCAGCACUGCAGGCUGUGAGUGCAGCCCUGAAGCCAGAGUACGAUGUGCUGGUCCCACAGUGUCGUCCUCUGUCACCAGGAGAAAUUUUGGGCUGCACCUCCCCUCGCUUGGACUGCCAUGUCAAUGCCAUAAUUUAUCUGGGAGAUGGAAGAUUUCACCUGGAGUCGAUCAUGAUCGCAAACCCAGACAUCCCUGCCUACAGAUAUGACCCCUACAGUAAGGUCUUCUCCAGGGAGUACUAUGACCACGAAGCCAUGCGCGCUUUAAGGUUCCAGGCUAUUGACAAGGCUCGAUCCGCCCAGAGAUGGGGCUUGAUCAUGGGCACACUGGGCCGACAAGGCAGCCCCAAAGUCAUGGAGCAUCUGGAGUCCAGGCUCCAGUCAUUGGGCAAGUCCUUCACUCGAGUGCUCCUGUCCGAGAUUUUCCCAGGCAAGCUGGAUCUGAUGCAAGAUGUAGAUGCGUGGAUCCAGAUCGCUUGUCCGCGCCUCUCUAUCGAUUGGGGCACAGCCUUCUCUAAGCCGCUGCUGACUCCAUAUGAGGCAGCUGUGGCUCUACAGGAGGUCGGCUGGAAGGAAGUCUACCCCAUGGACUUCUACUCCAAUCAGAGCCUGGGGCCGUGGGCCCCCAACCACCCUGACAACCAACCAGUGCGGCCCACGCGCAGGCAGACUCAGAAACCAGGAUCGGAGCCAGCCCCUCCUACCAAGCAGUGUGAGCAGAACCAGGGCACCCCCUGUGACUGUCAAGGGAAAUAACACAUCAUGCCCAGCUCUGUGUUUGCCAGUGCUUCUGCCUCUGCUGACGGCUGGAGGGAGGUCAGACCAGAAGAAGACAGUGGGUAUUUGUCCAGACGGGAUAUAACAAGCAGAGGUAAACCCACAGGAGCCCUCAGCUGCUCCUCACACGGAUUACCAGCCACAAAUUAUCCCUCGUUUUAAAGAGGGUCGAACCAAAUUCACUGGUCUUAUUCACGUUUUCUGCACUUGUUCUGAACUCAGAAUACUGAGAGUGUAGCUUGUGUGUUUAAGGUCAUACAUGUCCAUGUGAGUCACAUUCCCAUGAAGGAGCAGCUCUCUGAGGUGCUAAGAAAGAAGUUGAUCCUGCACAGAGGGAACUGUGGCCCUUUCUGUAAUGCACGCACGGCUUUUGCGAUUUAUGGAGCAAACAUGCCCGAAUGCCUUGUGAACAUUAAAUGGAAGGAAAGCGAUAAUGUGGUUGGAUUUAGUCAAAUAUAACCAGUCGGCCUUGCAAAGCACUGUAAGUUGCAAAAGCGUUGACAUAUUGUAUGAAGCACUUUAUUUGAUCAUUCUUCUAUAAUGGGAUGCGCAACGACACAACCUUGUUUCUCUGUCUUGUUUUUGUGAUCAACCUCUGAAACAAUAAAUCAGGAAUGGACCCUUGCUGGUUGUGUGAGUGGUUUUGAUCAGCUCAGUGCCAUGUGGAAGCCCUCGGCCUUACAAACCGUACGAGUUUCUACAGUAGAUCCAUGCAGGGCCAGUCACGACUGCUCUCCAUCCUCAUUAUUUAUUGAUGGAGGAGUCUGUCAGUAAAUAAAAAUAAAAA